CGCUACUGGUCCACAGUCCACUAUGGUUCCACCUGUCCUGCCUGUCGGCGCAUUUGCCCAUCGGGUCACACCAAUGACUGCAGGUCACAACAACACUUGUGAGUAGGACUCACAGGGUUGACAGCUCCCUGUCUCUCUAUGCAGGGGCACCCAGUCUGACCAGGAAACCCCGGUGAUCACGGACCCUGUCCGGAUGACACCCGCGCGAGCCUGCAGCACACUUUUGUGGAGUUAGCAUUAGCCAAGCUAACAAACCGGAUAACGAUCAAAUAUAAGCAGGCAACUUGACCCAGUGUUCGUUAUGGGUUUCUGGGAAUGUUUGGGCCUUGGAGCUGCUGAAGAGUUUAUUGUGACCGGAUGGAUGGACAACAUCGUUUAUUGGAGUGUGCGUGGUUGUGAAAACUAACCGGUUUCCCAGGCAUGAUGGAGGGACUCCACAACCUGGGCCCACGCAGACAGGGGCUGCUUGCAGCUCGCUUUAGCGGAGCCGUUGUUACGAAGAGUUCAGCCAACAGCGAGUCAUCAAACCAGUCGCUGAGUGACAAGGAACUAGAGCCUGAGAAGAAAAUCAGGAAGAGAAAAGGAGACAUCUUUGAUGGCAACAACCAAGGAAAGCAAAAGGGGCACAAAAUAAGUGAUUAUUAUGAGCAGUUUGCUGGUAGCAGCGGCUCUGGUUCUGGUCCUGCUGGAGGUGUCCACAUGCUGCUGCGCUCUCCUUCUCAACAUUCCCUUUCUUAUCCCCCGUUUCAGUACACCAGCCCUUCGUCCACAGGCUCCGUCUACACAGACUCCUCAUCCUGCAGCUCAUUUACGACCGCUCCUUUCCUGUCUCUUUCACACAAAGCCAUCCAGUCAGAACUGACGCUGCUGAAACUCAGAACAAUAGAGAAGGUGAAGAACUCUGACCUGGUCAAGACUGACGGCAGGAUAGACGACCUGAUGAGGGCUAACUGUGAUUUGAAGCAGCAAGUAGAAGAGCAGCAGAAGAUGCUCGAGUGCUACAAAGAGCGUCUAUACAAGUGUGUGAAGAUGAGCAAGAAGCUGCUGAUUGAGAAGACAAAACAGGAGAAGAUGGCUUGCAGGGACAAGAGCAUGCAGGAUCGUCUGCGUUUAGGACACGUCACCACCGUGCGCCAUGGAGCCUCCUUCACAGAGCAGUGGACGAUCGGCUAUGCCUUCCAGAACCUCAUCAGGCAGCAAGAAGAAAUCAGCUCUCAGCGGGAGGACAUCGAACGGCAGAGAAAGCUGCUGGGAAAGAGGAAACCUCCGACCACCCAGAUCGCCAACAUGGAGCAAAGCAAACGAAGAAGCAGAAGGAAUGGGCGGGAAAAUGAAAUGAUGUCACUGGCAGAGUACCGGGCACAAGAGGAGAUCUUCAAACUGCGACUUGGUCGAUUAAAAAAGCAAGAUGUGGAGAUCCAGACCGAGCUGGAACAGUUGGAGCGGGUCAGAAACGUGCACAUUCAGGAGAUGAGGAGGAUCCACAAUGAGGACAACUCGCAAUUUAGUGACCAUCCCACGCUGAAUGACCGAUACCUGCUGCUGCGUUUACUUGGACGAGGCGGCUUCAGUGAAGUUUUUAAAGCGUUUGAUUUAACAGAACAAAGAUAUGUGGCCAUUAAAAUCCAUCAGCUCAACAAGAACUGGACGGAGGAGAAAAAGGAAAACUACCACAAACAUGCCUGUAGAGAGUACAGGAUUCACAAAGAACUCGAUCAUCCGAGAAUAGUCAAACUUUAUGACUAUUUCUCCAUCAACAGAGACGCGUUCUGCACAGUUCUGGAGUACUGUGCAGGCAAGGAUCUGGACUUCUACUUGAAGCAGAAUAAGUGGGUGACGGAGAAGGAGGGCCGCUCCAUCGUCAUGCAGCUCGCCAACGCUCUCAAGUAUCUCAGUCAGAUCCGACCGCCCGUCAUCCACUACGGCCUCAAGCCUGGAAACAUCCUGUUGGUUAACAGCACAGCAUGCAGCGAAAUAAAGAUCACCAAUUUUGGUUCGUCUAAGAUCAUGGAUGGAGACGGCCGCACCUCCUCAGAAGGGGCGGAGUUGACCUCACAGGGUUGGGAGACUUACUGGUAUUUACCACCUGAGUGCUUCCAUGUAGGACAAGAUGCCCCCAAAGUAUCCAAUAAGGUGGACGUGUGGUCAGUGGGGGUGAUUUUCUACCAGAGCUUAUAUGGACACAAGCCAUUUGGUCACAAUCAGUCGCAGCAGGACAUCCUCCAAGAAAAUGCAGCACCUAAAUCUACGGAGGUGCAGUUUCCUCCUAAACCUGUCGUCACCACAGAAGCAAAGGCUUUCAUUCGACGUUGCUUGGCUUACAACGAGGAGGACCGAAUGGAUGUGCUACAGCUGGCCAGCGACCCCUUCCUGAUGCCUGCUGUUCGUAAAGUCCAGAGUAACACAACCUCGUGGGUGCCUCCUUGUCCCUCCAACUGCUGCUGCAGUAGCACCUCCAAUGCGGUUUAGAUUCAGGAGAAAAGAGUAAAUCCUCACAUGUGAAACAGUCUUUUCUGGUCUGCAGAACAGGAAGGAGUGAUGUUGUGUUUGUAAAUGAGCCCACGGUGAACAUGAAGGACCAGCCUCUUGUUGGCUGAGAAGAAGCCAAAGACUUGCUGCCAUGCAUGCACUAACACACACCUUGGCCCAGGUCAAAGGAGGUAUUUUUGUUUCACUUUGCUAAAAAAGAAAAGCGUUUGGAAAAGUUGCACAACAGACAAGUCCAGAGUUAAGAGUGGAAACUCAUCCCUAGGAUGGAGGACACCUAAUACCAUUUAAUUCCUUGAUACUUGAAAGUCAUCAUCCAUCGAACUGUUCCUCAGAAACACUUUAGAGUGGGAGAGAAGCUGGGGUUGGUUGGGAGGAACUGGAGACGGACUGGGUGGCUGCGUUAGACACAGCACCUUUUAAAGACUUGAAACCGAAACGACUGGUUGGUGUUUCUGUUAACUGAAUUUUUAUUUUAACGAAGUCCAUAUUUUUCCAUCAGCUUGACCCUCUAAUGUCAGUGUUAACCUUUAAAAGGAGCUGAGUAGGUGAAUGUUGGGAUGUGAAUGAAAACUCAGAGGAAAUAAUGAGAAUAUUAAAAAUCAUUUGUUUAACA